AUGGAACCGGAGCCAACCCUUAGCGCUCUCCUCAAGGCUAUCACAGCCCUCACCACUCAAGUUGGGUCCCUCCAGGACCAAGUCAAGUCUCAAGGCAAGCAAAUCACCCAGCUUAUUGCCAUAUGCAAGGAGACCAACGACCUUGUUGGAGACAAGGAUCAGGGCGGAGCCCAAACCAAGCCUGGCCCAUCGACUGGGCCUGUUACCCCUCCUACCCACUCAGGAGGGGAAACCCACACUCCAGGCACGGUUAGGCCUGGACUCAAGGCCCCGUUCCGGCCCUCUAGAGGCACGGGCUUUGACUCUGAGGAUGAAGAAGAACCAAGGAUCCCAAAAAAGGAGCCUCAAGGAACGCCUAAACGGCACCUUGGGUCCCUUACCCCCUUCGACGCCGGGUCCAGCGUAAAAAGGCCCAAGAUGGACCUUCCAGACCCCUAUAAAGGAGAUACAAGGGGACGUAAGGCCACCCAAUGGCUUGACCGCAUGAUGCUCUGGGUCGCCCUCCAUCGGGACCAAUUCGACGAGGAGGAGCAGAUGGUCGUGUGGAUCUUAUACCACAUGACAGACAAGGCCACAGACUGGGCGCUCCCCAUCAUUGGGGCAAUCAUCAAGGGAGAAGGGAACCCUCCUACCACCAUCCAGGCCCUAACGGGCAAAUUCAAGGAAGCGUUUGCUGAUCCAGAUGCCAAGAGGGCCGCUGCCAGGAAAAUUGCGGCACUCUCCCAAACCACCACAACCUCCAAGUAUGUCAUGGAGUUCCGCAAUCUCAUGGCGGAAUUAGACUGGAACAAGGAAGCCUACAUUGCGCAGUUCACGCGAGGCCUCCACUGGAAGGUGAAGGAAUUGCUAUCAACCAAAGAUAGCGUUCCUGACAAACUUGAAGCAAUUUUUGCGGCUUCCAUAAAAAUUGACAACAUUCGCCGCAAAAACGAGGAAAACCGCCCAAAGAAGGCGCCUGCCAAGUCCCCAGUCACCGCGACCACCACCUCCACUACCACCACUCAACGGGUCCAACUAUCAGAGGACCCCAAUUACGUUACCCCGGAGGAAAGGGACCGCCGCCGCGCGUCUGGCCUUUGUGUCAAGUGCGGUCAAAAAGGGCACGGCAUCAAGCAAUGUCCUAACGGUUGGAAGGCAACCAUCAAGGAGGUUGCCAAAGUGGCAGAAGAGGAAGGGACUACCGUCAAGCCCCUGGCCCCAAAAUUAGAUGUGCAUGUAUCAGAUUGCAAAUUUGUAUCUUUGGCUCUGGACUCCAAUAAAAAGCCCCUGUUAUUUAUCAAUCUUGAACUGCACAACUUCCCGACGGAACACCUCAGAACCCUCAUUGACUCAGGAGCCACAUCAAACUUCAUCUCCCCCUUGAUUGUGGAAAAAUACAAAAUCCCAAAAACCCAACUUGAAAAUCCACAAGUUGUGAGAAUGUUAGAUGGUACCAUUUCCCAGACUGGUCGCAUUUGGCACCAGGUUCACCUCACAGUUUUGGCCAAUGGCCAUUCCCACUCCAUUCCUUUUCUUGUAUGCCCCAUUGGCAACGCCCCGGCAAUCCUAGGCAUGACAUGGUUAACGGCAGAAGCCCCUCUUAUUGAUUGGCAACAGGGAUUAGUCACAUUCCCUGAACAAGUCCAAAUUGCCUCCAAGGAAGAAGCAGACUCAGACCCUUUAGCAGACCUUCCCCCUCAGUACCAUGAGUUUGCUAAGGUUUUUGGCAAGGAAGAAUUCAAGGUCCUCCCUCCACACAGGGAGUAUGACAUCUCUAUCGACCUUGUCCCAGAUGCCAAACUGUCUCCUGGCCCCAUAUAUGGCAUGACCGACGCAGAAUCAAAGGCGCUAAAACAGCAUAUUGAUGAGGAAUUAGCAACGGGCAAGAUCCGCCCUAGUACCUCCUCAGCAGGCGCUCCGGUCAUGAAGUUGAAUGAUGUAACCCACAAAAAUGUCUACCCCCUUCCAAGACAGGACAACCUCAUGGCCAAGCUACGUCACGCCAAAAUCUUCACAAAGCUUGACUUGCGCUGGGGUUACAAUAAUGUGCGAAUCAAAGAAGGAGAUGAAUGGAAGACGGCCUUUAGAACCAAAUAUGGGCUCUUUGAAUAUCUAGUCAUGCCUUUUGGUCUUACAAAUGCUCCUGCCGCCUUCCAGCACUUCAUGAAUGAUCUAUUCAGGGACCUUAUUGACGUCACAGUAGUCAUCUAUUUGGACGACAUAUUGAUCUUUUCAGAAGUCCCAGAAGAACACCCGGCCCAUGUAAGGGAAGUCCUAUCCAGGUUAAUGGCAAAUCAACUCUUCUGCAAACUCUCAAAGUGCCACUUCCAUGUAACCACGGUUGAUUACUUAGGCAUUGUCAUCUCCCCCGUUGGAUUCUCAAUGGACCAGAAGAAAAUAGAAGCAGUGACAACAUGGCCCACACCUAAAACGGUCAAGCAGGUCCAGGCCUUCCUAGGGUUUGUUAAUUACCUUCGACGGUUCAUCCCCAAUUUCAGUUUGGUAGCACGCCCCCUCCAUAAUCUCACAAAGAAGGAAUCCCCUUGGUCAUGGGGGAAUUCAGAGGAAACUGCGUUCAAGGAAUUAAAGGCAUUGGUCACUCAAUCCCCGGUUCUGAUCCACUCCAAUCCCGAGCUUCCCUAUUACCUGGAAACAGACGCUUCAGGAGUAGCUAUGGGCGCCAUCUUGAGUCAAAGAGGUCCAGAUAAUUGGCUGCAUCCCAUCGCCUACAUGUCCAAGUCCUUCUCAGGAGCAGAGGCAAAUUACAACACCCACAAUAAGGAGCUCCUGGCUAUCAUCAAAGCGCUAGAGGAAUGGAGGAUAUUCUUGGAAGCAACGGACAAACCGGUACAGGUCUUCACGGAUCAUAGGAAUCUGGAGUAUUGGAUGCAGGCACGGACAUUUAACCGUAGGCAUGCCCGAUGGCGCAUAUUCCUGAGCAAUUUCAACUUUGAGAUCCACUAUCGCCCAGGAAAGCAAUCAGGGAAACCAGACGCCCUGUCCAGACGAUUGGAUUAUGUUGAUAUAUCACCAGAACCGGAGGUAAUGCUCCCCGCAGAGGUCUUUGCCAAUACAUCAGAAGAGGAACUGGAAAUUGUCACGGAAAUACGCUCCAAGCUAAGGGAAGACCCAUCCCUUGAGCCUAUCAUCCAGUUCCUAACUGAAGACGCGGAUAACGCUCCUCCCUCCAUUUGGAAGGCUUACAGAGACUAUGACUGGGAGGAAGAUUUACUAUGGGAAUUCCAUGACUCCCCACUAGCGGGUCACCCGGGUCAACAGAGAACCCUUGAACUCCUAAGUCGUAACUACUGGUGGCCAGGGAUGAAAUCAUCAGCCAAGGAAUGGGUAGAAUGUUGCCCAAUUUGCCAAGCCAACCAACGCGCUCAUGCUCCUGUCAUCGCCCUUAAACCCCUAGAAGUCCCCCCUUAUCCGUUCCACACCAUCUCUUAUGACUUCAUUACAGGGUUUCCCAAGUCCCAAGGUCACAACGCUAUACUGGUGGUAAUAGACUCCUUUUCCAAAUUUGGCCACUUCAUCCCCACUUCCAAGAAGGUCACAGCAAGGGGUCUGGCGGAUCUAUUCAUUACCCACGUCUGGAAACUCCAUGGGCUACCUGUCAAAACAGUCUUGGAUAGAGGAACUACCUUCACAGGGAAAUUCCUAAGGGCACUUUACCAGCGACUUGGAGUGAAACCAGCAUUCUCCUCGGCUUAUCACCCAGAGUCAGAUGGGCAAACAGAAAGAGUCAACCAGUUCAUCGAAUUUUACCUACGCUCCUACGUAGCAGCCAAUCAUUCUGAUUGGGCAGCUUGGUUACCAUUGGCAGAAUAUGCGUACAAUAAUGCCAAACACGCAGCAACGGGAAAAACACCCUUUGAACUGGUCUACGGACAAAACCCAGUGAUGAACCCUUCCAACGUCCCAGCCAACGUACCAGAGGCAGACAAUGUAGCAGACACACUAGCCCGGGAAUGGAAGGAAGCCGAGUCAGCCCUCAGACUAAGCAAAGAACGGAUGACCAGGAACCAAGGAACAGUACCGGAGUACUUGAUAGGAGAGAAAGUCUGGCUGGAUGGAAAGAACGUAGAACUCAGGACCAAUUCAAACAAGUUGGACCCCAAACGUCUUGGUCCCUUCAAAAUCCUUGAGAAAAUCUCCAGCCACGCCUACCGCCUAGAACUCCCAGAAACUCUGAAAAUCCAUGACGUCUUCUACGUUGGGUUACUAUUGAAGAGCCACGAGUCACCAAGUCAACCAUUUCCGGAACAACCUCCCCCUGAGACAAUAGAAGGAGAGGAGGAGUAUGAAGUUGAACAGAUCAUUGACUCAAAACGUCAACGGGGAAAGUGGUUCUACCUGAUAAAAUGGAAAGGUUACGGUCCAGAGGAUAACUCCUGGGAACCCAAGGGACUCCUAGAACAUAGUCAAGAGGAGAUCCAACGCUUCAACAAGUCACGACUGAAAAAGGCUUGUGACUCCGCCAAGAGCCUUUAA